GGAAUGAACCCAUGAGAAGGUGGCUGUUGUAUGGGAGUUGGCGACAGCUAAUUGUAUUACGUCUGUCAAACAACGCACCCUACUAGUUAGGCUACUAGUUUACCAGCUUGACCGAGGCGCCAAAUUCCCACCAGCCAUUGCGACAAUCUGCAUUGUGACAUCACCUGACACGCUCUAGCGGUGACAUGCAGUCCAUUUCUAGGCAUAAAAGUGCAAAAAAAAGUAGGGAAAUGCUUCGUCGUGAUGAGGAGGUGGUCAAAGAGAUGUGCAUGGCCAAUGGAAUCUCCUAUGAUGACCUCUCUCAAGAGGAGCUUGACAUCACUUUCUUGGAGAUCUUCUUGAGUGGUUUUCCACGAAUGGUUGGCCUUUCCUACUUCCCGAAGCUGCGCCAUCUUAAUAUUGUGGGGCAGGACAUAAAGCGCAUUGAGGGUCUUGAAAGCCUCCCUUUACUCCAGGAGCUCUGGGUAGUCCAGUGUAAACUGACUAAAAUAUCUGGACUCCAGUAUUGUCUUGGGCUCAAGAAACUUUUCUUGUAUGAUAACAAAAUCAAUGAAAUAAAGAAAUUAAAAUUGCUCGUCAACAUAGAAGUACUGUGGCUCAACAAUAACUCCAUAACACAUAUACAGGGCUUGAACAAGCUUCAAAAGCUAAAAGAACUAAACCUUGCUGACAAUUAUAUUCAAAGAAUUGGGGGCAGCCUUGAUAACAAUGUCAACCUUCACAGUCUUAAUCUGUCCGGGAACAGGAUCUGCUCCUUUAAGGAGCUGACUCGGCUAACCUGUCUGCGCCGGUUGAGAGAACUUGCGCUGAGUGACUCCACGUCAAUCCCAAACCCAGUGUGUCGGCUGUGUAACUACGCGACACACGUCCUGUACCACUUGCCAUUACUUUUGCUACUUGAUACCUAUGAUGUAUCAAGCAUGCAAGUCAAGGAAGCAGCAGAGUCCACCGUAAUGAAGAAGAUGAUGUUUUACAACAUGCGUGCACGCACUGCUCAGCAAAAUCUGUCGGCGAGUAGGCUGCAGCUUAUGGAGAAGAAGAAAGCCUCCUUGGAGUCAUCCAAAGAAAGCAUCCGGUCACUUAAUUACACCUUAAAAAAUCUUGAACGUGAGCUUUGGAAGAAGUCUUUAGAGGAUAGUUCGAAUCGCAAAGUGGAAGAUUUCAGCGCGGAAAUUGACACGUCUGACCCCCCCUUGGAGGAAAUACUACAGAAAAAAAUUGAAAAGCUAAAGAAGAGACUGGCUCUUUGGAUCAGGAGGCUGCAUGAAACAGAAAGCUGGUAUCAACAAAAUCUAGACCAAACAACAUGCAUGAUGGAGGACACCGUUCAGUUUCUGUUGACAGAGCUCCAAAGUGUCGGAAAUAUUCGUUUGGAAGAAGGCAGCACCACAGACCCUUGGUUUAAUUCCUGUCAUGACCUCCUGCUCUCUCGCUUCUCUCGCUCGGACUACACGAGUCUCGGUGUCUUUGGUGUUAAGGUCAACAGAGUUAUCCGCAUCCACAACAGUGUGCUGAGGCUUCGCUUUAAGGAGAAACUUCAAUCCCUGUUGGUUAGGGAGGACUCAGCUUUUACACAGAAUCAUAAGCGACUGCUCGAGCACUUGUUUUACAUAGCUGACUCUGAGCAAAACACAGAUGAUGUUUUGUGCAUCCUUGAGGACGGCUUCAAAACAGCAAAAGAAUAUAAGGCUAUGGGAAAAGAAGCAGCAGUGCCUUUAUCCAACAGCCUGAUUGUGAGUGAACAGCCGAGAAUAGAAUAUUUUCUGGCUGAGCAAGGGUGCCCCAAGAAGAGAACGGAUAAAAUCCCCUACAGAUAUGGUAAGGUUAUUCUUUCCAAAGUGUUUCUGGGACACAGCAAACCCAUCAGAGAGGGACAACCCGUGCAAAGAAGAACAUAUCCCAGAGCCUCUUCUGUUUAUCGCUAUGUGAGCGCCAAGCAUCAAGAUCGAGCACAUUGUGGCUCUCAUAACAUUCCUAGAGCAAAACAAUGGUUUGUCUUUGAUCAUGAUCUUGUCCUGCCAGAGUACAUCAUUUGUUUUGAAUACACCACAGGGGCCAGCGAACAGCUUACGUCUAUAGGCUGCUGCAUAUACGGCCAGGACCCUCCCACGUACGACCUCUCAAUAGACAAACAAGCCCUCGACAUGGAGCCUGUGCUGGAACCACAGACCAAGUUGUCCAGUUUGGAUGAGGAAAUGCUCCUAAAUGUGUCCAGAGCCAGUGUCCUCAGUGAGAUAACUGGGCUAAACCUUCACAACAACAGCUUGAGCAACAUAAAAAAGAUUUCCUCCCUUUCGGCUUUGCGCCAUCUCACCAUCAGCUUCAAUGAGCUCACCAGCCUCCGUGACAUUGCUCACAUGCCUAACCUUGAGUUUUUGGAUGUCAGCUACAACCAGCUAGUUAGCCUUGAAGGCCUUCGCGGGUUGGAGCAUCUCAGACAUCUUGACGUGAGCUGUAACAAGUUGACCAAUGCCAGCAAAGAUUCGGCUGUGCUCAGAGUACACACACCUGCCCUGCUCAACCUGGAAACGCAACACAACCCCUGGAGCAAGCCAGAGGAAGUCCGAAUGACCAUAUUGAGCCAUCUGACAACUCUCAAACACCUGGAUGACAUCCUAGUUACACAGGAGGAAGCUGCUGAUGCUGUUCAAAAGACUACAAGAUGCACAAUUAACCAGGAAUCUCUUGUUGCUUGCUCGUAUACAAAUAAUGAACGCCCUCGUUAUCUCAGCCUUCUGCCAACAACCCAGCUUCUCUCUGAACGCUGUCCAUCACCUCGGGGCCUCAGCCAAAAUCUGCAGCCAGACUGGACUACGAAGAUCACCGCUCUAAAUUUUGACAACCAGAAGAUUUGUAAGAUGAGCAGUCUGGGUACCUUGGUCAACCUUCGCUGGGCGUCAUUUAAUAAUAAUUACAUCUCUGAAGUAGAAGGGUUGGACUGCUGCAUCAAGCUGGAGGACCUCUCCCUCAAUAACAACAGCAUUAGCUCAUUUCACGGACUCUCAAACCUACAGUGUCUAAGCAAACUUAGCAUGGAUGGUAAUCAACUGUCCAGUCUGGACAACUCGGUCCUCGACGAGCUACAGAACUUAACUUUUUUGGCUGUGGAGAACAACCGCAUCACUUCUCUGCAGGGCAUUCAAAGAAUCCGCAACCUUCUGGAGCUCUAUGUCGGCAACAACCAGAUUUCUGUGUCUCGGGAUGUCUAUUAUGUCAAGGGAUUGGCGAGCCUGAUCAUCUUGGAUCUUUAUGGUAAUCCUUUAUGUGAGAGCUUAAAGAACUAUCGUAUAUACAUGGUGUUUCAUCUGCCGUCUCUAAAGGCCCUGGAUGGAACGGCAGUGGAUGCAGCUGAAUGUGAAAAUGCAAAGGCAACAUUUGGAGGACGACUCACACCAGACUUGGUUGCAGAAAAACUGGACCACUCAAACUAUGCCAACAUCACCAACCUUAAUCUGCCAUCAUGCUCCAUUAGGAGUGUGGAUAUGUCUCCAACAGACCUGUUCUUUAACCUACAAAGUGUCAACUUGGAUCACAACAGCCUCAUCUGCUUCUCAGGCCUCAUCCACCUGCCCAACAUCAAAGUUUUGUAUUUAAACUACAACCAUAUUGAGUCCAUCAUGCCCAGGCAGAAGACCUUUCUGACGAACAGACAGAUGCUACACAAUAAGGUGCACUCCAGUGGCUAUGGCCAACAGACUUUAUGCAAAGGAAGCAGGAACGUUGCACCGACUGUCAUCCUGGAGCCUCUGAUGAGCAGCCUGGAGGUGCUGCAUUUGAGUUACAAUGGCAUCUCCAAUAUGGCCAAUCUGGAGCUCAGCAGGCUCACCAAUCUUAAAACGCUUUUCCUUAAAGGAAAUGAGAUCAGUCAGGUGGAAGGCUUGGAGGGUCUCCAGCAGCUCCGGGAGCUCAUGUUAGACAGGAACCGCAUAAGGGCCCUGUACGAGAACUCUUUCAUUUCCCAGAAGGUCCUGCUGGAAUUGCACCUGACAGAGAAUCGCAUUCGAGAGCUCAACCAUCUCUAUCCACUUGUUGAGCUCCGCAAGCUUUACCUUGGGAUGAACAAGCUACAGGACAUUGCAGAGCUUGAUAAACUUGAGGUUCUCCCCUCGCUGACGGAGCUCUCCGUCGUUGGCAAUCCGGUGGCUCGCACUUCUCUGCAUAGACCAGCAGUGAUGCGCAGUCUGUCCCAGUUGCAGGUCCUGGAUGGCCUGACGGUUACAGUGGACGAGAGAAGCAAAGCUGAAAUCACAGACGCAACAGAUUCUCACAUAUGUGGAGCAACAAGCAAUGUUAUCACCAACACUCAGCCCAGAGUGUGGAUGAAGUGGACACAACAUGGUGACAAUGGUGGAGAAAGACAAACACAAUGUGAUGAGUGUUGUAGCGGUUCUACACUUGAGACAAACCAGCCUGGACUGAUGACCUAUAUACCCGUCAGAGGGAUGACUAUGGGUGGACUACACAACCUAAUUCAUGGCCACGACAUGCUCCCAAAUAACAAGGAAGAAAUCCAAUACACAUCCAAGUACAAGAGACAGUCAGAACGAAAUCCUCCAAGCAUCCAUGCUGAUAUGACCUCCAGACUGACCCGAAGAGUAAGAAACAACAUGAUAGCUGCAUGUACCCUUCCCCAUGGGAAGAAAGAGCAAUCCUACUACCAUGCAGGAACAAAAUACCAGGUUGAUGAAUCUUAACACUGUAUAGAUGUGAUUCUACUGCUGGGACAAAAUCUUUUUAAAAUAGAUAUAUCAAUACACUUAAGUCCUAAAGUUUUUGGACAAAAUACAGAUUUUAUGUCUUCGCUACAAUUGAUUUGAAAUAAAACUGUCAAAAUGUGACUUAACGAUACUAUUUAGGAAUUACAGCCAUUUUAUUCACUUGUACCUCUGAUUUAACGGACUGAAAGGUAGUAUCAGUACACUUGACACAUAAGAUGUUUAUUAUGUCAACACAAAUGAAGCAAAUAAAAGUAUUGUGU